AUGACGAAAAAGCGUUCUUCCAAUGGUUUUAUGUAUUUUGCUGAUGCACGACGAGCUUUUUAUGAAUCAGAGAAUAAUGGUGUACAUCUAACGGCCAAGAAAUUAGUCGAACGAGCUGCACAAGACUGGAAAAUGAUGAGUGACGAUGAACGUCAAAAAUGGCGUAACGAAAAUAGUCGACGUCGUAACGAAGUAAUAUUCAUUUUCUAG